AUGCAGCGCUGUACUUAUCAACUUAUUUCAAAGACUAUUCGUAUUCCUGUUUUACAACGAUAUAAUUAUCAAACAAAUAGUACAAAAAACAAGACGACAACAGAAGAAGACCAUCAUAAUAAUCUGAUUUGCUCGAAAUGGGAAGAGGCAAUUAUCAAAGAACAACGCGUACCUGAUACUUCGUUUGAUUUAAUGCAAAAAGAUACAAUUACUCGAAUACAUGAAGACAAAAUCAAACAUAAAAAUAAUAACAAUCGAAAAUCACAUUGA